UUAAAAUAUAUUCGAGUUUGUAUGACAUAACCCAAAAAGUGAAGUUUCAUUUAUGGGUAGGAUAAAUAGUUUAAAGAGAGUAGUUUGUGGCGUUUCUGGUGGAGUGGAUUCAUCUGUGACUGCGUUAUUACUCAAGAGAAAAGGCUAUGAUGUCAUUGGAGCAUUUAUGAAAAAUUGGGAUGGAAAAGAUGAGCUUGGAGCAUGCCAGGCAGACAAAGAUGCUGAAGAUGCUGAGAAAACUUGUAAGGCACUCAGUAUUCCAUUCAUUGAAGUAAACUUUGUUAAAGAGUAUUGGAACCAUGUGUUUGAGAAUCUUCUUCAAGACUACCAAACAGGCCUAACCCCAAAUCCUGACAUCCUUUGUAAUUACCACAUCAAAUUUGAUCUGUUCUUUGACUAUGCAAAGGAAAAGUUGGGCGCAGAUUUUGUGGCCACCGGACAUUAUGCAAGAUCAUCAUUAAGAGUGGAUUCUUGUGAUUCUGAAUUUGAAAGUAAAUGCAGCUUUAACAUUUUUAUUAGUAUCUAGCAUUGAUAUUUUUCCUUUGACACCACCGUUUUUUUAGAUACAAAAUUACUCACUGCCCAUGAUAGUUUCAAAGAUCAAACAUUUUUCUUGAGCCAUAUCAAACAAAGUUCACUAAGGAGAACCUUUUUCCCUAUUGGUCAUUUACUGAAGAGUCAGGUUCGCAAGCUAGCCAGUGACAAUAACCUGAACCAUGUAGCCAAUAGGCCAGACAGCACUGGUAUUUGCUUCAUUGGUCGACGAAAUUUUCAAGAUUUCAUUUGUGAAUACAUACCAGAUAAUCCUGGGCCGUUUGUCGAUGUUGAUACUGGCAAAGAAGUGGGACUACAUCAAGGCAUACACAUGUGGACGGUUGGACAACGAUGUAGAAUAGGAGGCUGCCUUCAACCGUAUUUUGUUGCAUCCAAACAACCAGAAACGCGUACAAUAUUUGUGGCAUCUGGUACGAAUCACCCGGCUUUGUAUUCAAACGUGUUCGUUACCGAUACUCCACACUGGAUUUGUUCCACUCCCAAAGAUUUACUAGAAAAAGGCACUUUUGAUUGCUAUUUUCGAUUUCAGCAUACGAAACCCCUAACGGCUGCGCAAAUCGCAUUUCGUCAAUCUGGUCUCAUCGUGACACUAAAGCAACCUUUACGAGCACUAACUCCUGGCCAGUAUGCCGUUUUUUAUUCCGGCCAAGAAUGCCUAGGAUGUGCUCGCAUAACCCAAAACAUGGACAACGCACAAAAUGUUCAGAAAAUCGACAUAUGUUCUUCAACUGCAUAGUAACUCUUCUGAAGGGAGAACCCCAUUUUCUCUAUAGUUCCCGAGGCGAAAUUCGUGUAAUUCCUAUUUUUCGAGCUAAAAAAAAAAACAUAUAUAGUAGUGUAAACUAAA